AUGGCAGCAAUCAAGUGGAGCUUUUUGUUGCUAUUGACGUUACAAGUAAGUGGCCUUUGAAGUUUUUAAAAACUUAAAAUUUUAAAAAUAAUUUUGAUUUCAACUUUUUUAAGCCUAAACACUUUAUUUUAGUGUCUAAGAGCCGAAGAAGAUGACGUAUUUGGAGAAGACGAGAAGGGGACUUAUAUUUUAGCGUUAAAAGAUAAUUACGGAAGUGGCACUGACACGUACAAACAGGUAAAAAUAUUUUUUUUUGCAAAAUUUUUUUUAUUUUUACCCCUCCCCUAGUUACACGCCCGACUUCUACCCCUUUCCUAUUUGUUAUCCCUACGCUAGUUUUACCCCUACCCUACUUUUAGCCUUACGCUACUAUUACCCCUACUCUACUAUUGCCCCUACAGUGCUUUUACCCACACCCUACUAUUAGUCCUACCCUACUAUUACCCCUACCCUACUUUUACCCCUACCCUACAUUUACCUAAAAAAAAUUUUAAAAAAAUUUUUUAGUACUACACCCAAACCCAUAAUGGUACCUCAAACGUCCAUAUCCUGUAUAUACUGGGUGAAGCUCCAAAUGAAGUUAAAACACCUGAAUUUACAGCUGAUAGUACCUCCUACCCAGACAUUGUUGAUGAUCUACAUGAAACUUUUAAUGCUACGGUUUUUAAACUUGAACACCGAUAUUAUUCAAGGAGUUAUCCUGUUCAGUAAGCUAGCCUAGCCCAAUCUAAAAAUUGCUCUACCUUGUUCUGAUCUGUCGUGACCUGCCUUGCUGUGAUAUGUCCUGAUAAGGGCCGGGCGCGAGGGUGGGAGGGGGUACCCCCCCUCCUAGAAAAAAAUUUUUGGAAAAAGUUGAACGUGGUCCCCCCUGUGGAUUUUUGGAAAAAAAAAUUUGCAAAAAAUCGGCACAGGUAGCUACCCCUGCCCCCAGACCAAAAGUCCCCGCCCGGCCCUGGCCCUGGCCCUGACCUUACUUUUUUUGCUUUUCCUUACCCUCUUAUUCUGCCCUGCCUUGCUAUGAUAUGCUUUAACCUGUACUCUUUUUUCCUACCCUUCCCGAUCUUAUUUAGUCUACUCGACAUUAUUCUUCUUUCCCCUACCCUUAAUUAUACCCUAUUUACAACAUUUUUAUUACAGUAACCCCGAAACAGCCAAAGACUUUAAAUACCUAUCCAGUGAUCAAGCCAUUGAAGAUUUGAGCCGCUUUAUCCGAGCUCAAAACGAAAUCAUACCAAAUGCCAAAUGGGUUGUUAUUGGCGGAUCGUACCCAGGAAUGUUGUCGUUAUGGUUCAGACAAAUGUACCCUGACUUAACCGUUGGAGCUAUCUCUUCGUCGGCACCCAUCAAAUCGGUGGUUAACUUUACUAGUGAGUUUGGAUUUUUUAAAUUUUUGAAAUUUAAAAAAGUGUAUUCGAAACUCUUUGUAAACUACGUCAAUGCCAGAAACGUUACAAAAUAUAUAUUACAAGUUCAUAUUAUACUUGAUACCUAAACCCAAUAAUGUAACUCUAGGCUUCAUGGAAAUAUCCCAAGAAGGCUACAAGAAGAGGAACCCAGAAUGUCACGGCAAACUAGAAAUAGCUCUAAAGCAGUUCACAACCAUGAUAAAAGACCAAAAUAAAUACGAUGAUUUGAAAAAGUUGUACAAAGACUUGUCCAAAAGAUACGAUUUGACUAAUGAACACGAAAGAAAUUGGUUUUCAUACCAUGUCGUAUCAGAUGCAUACACUCAGAUUCAAUUCAACGUCGAUGGAAUUGUAAGUACUCUAACCAGGGUUGGACGCAGGGCAGGGCAUGGGCCCUGUAACAGGGCAUUUUUGAAUUGUUUUUUUUGGCGCGCUUUUUUUUAAAUUUUUUUUUGGCUAGGCCUAAAAACGCAAAAAUUUCUAGAAAUGGAUUUUAAACACUGCUAAUCCAUUUUACAUUGUUAUUUUCUUGAUAGCUAUUACAGUUUUCAAGAUAUGAGUUUGGCGGGAAAACGAAAUUCAAAAAAAUGCCCUGUUGAAAUGCCCUGCCCUGCGUCCAGCCCUGACUCUAACCCACCAUACCGUACAAUAACCUACUCUGAUCUACCGUAUCCUACCCUGCCUUACCCUACCCUACCCUAACCUACCCUACCCUACCCUACCCUACCCUACCCUACCCUACAUUACCCUACCCUACUCUACCCUACCCUACUCUACCCUACCCUACUUAAUCUACUCCUAUUGUAACCAAGAUAUAUAUAUUUUUUAAGUUUAAAAUCAUGCUUUUCAGUGCAAAAACUUUGAUGUAAAAACGGAAAAACCACUAACUGAAAUGGCUAGCCAUUUCGAAUUCACUGCUGACGAUUUCCAAAACAAAACUUGGGGGUCAUGGUUAUGGCAAGUUUGUAAUGAAUUCGGCUUUUUCUACUCACCAAACGACAAAAGUUGCUUUGCUAAAGGCAGUUAUGACAUCAAAGAAGUUUUUCAAAAGUAAGCGAAAAACUUUUUUUUACUUUUCAAAUGUCUUAGGCCUUAAUUUAGACAUACAAAUUAGUAAAGUAACCGUUUUUCUUAUGUUCAUAUCAAAAACACAAAUUUUUUAAAAAUUUUUCAAAUUCAAGAGAAUGUGAACAACGCUUUGGCUCCAACUACACCUAUGAACAAAUUGAAAAGUACGUUCAAAAUUCAUGGGACAUUUAUGGUGUCACAAACAUCUUCAACACCAAAAAUAUGAUAAUAACCAACUCGGAGUUGGACCCAUGGAGUGGUCAAGGCUUAACACAGUACAACACUGACGAUAAAUCAAUUGUGACCUUUACUAUUCAAAACGGUACUCAUUGUCACGAUUUGAAGGCUGGCAAUAAUCCUCAUGUCUUCGAAGCACGAAAGAAAUAUAAGGAAGAGAUUCGAAAAUGGCUAGCAGACAAACCAAAAGCAGCUAAUUCGUUGCAAGUUAGCGUGAUUGGAAUGUUUGUUCUGUGCUUUUUUGUUUUGUUUUAUUAA